CGACCCGUUCCGCGGUGCCGAGAGACGGCAGAGCGUUACCGGGUAACGGCAACAUGGCGUCCGCCGCCACAGCGGGCGCAGGGGAGCAAGGAGGGGACGUGGAGGAAGGCGGCAGCGGGCUGGGGAGGAGGCGCCCACCUCCCAUCUCCUCUCUGUCAGCCUUCAGCUACAUCCCGCCCCGGCGGGAAGGUCCCGCGGAGCUCAGCUACUUCCACCGGGUGGCCCAGGCAGGAGGGGUUUCCAUCUACGACUCCAUUUUUAAAAGACCAGAGGGUUACAAUGAAAAACUUCACCGAUGCGACAGAGAACAUGCAAGGAGUCGUGGCCUUAACGUUAAUGAUGAGGAAAUGGCAAGACCUGUCGCUGUUUUGUCAUCUUCAGAGUAUGGGAGACACAGAAGUAAGCACACAGAGCAGCUGAUCCGAAGUCAUGCAAGGAUUAAUUGUGUGCAGGCAGAAUUCUACAGGAAAAAUGGCAUUACGUGCUUAUUGGAAAAACCUUCUCCAAGACUGGAUCCGUGCUAACAUUGCCAGCAAUAUUUGUCUGCAAAGAAACAUGUCAAAAUGCAGAAUAGUGCUUCUGCCUUUUUCUUCUGCGUUUUCAUUAAUGAAAAUGAUUUAUAUGAAAUAACUGCACUUUUCCUCAUGCUGAUUCAAAUCUAUGUUUUCUCCUUUUAGUUUCUUAGAAGUCUCAUGUAGAACAUCCACAAAAGCUGAACAUAGGAAGCAACACUGGAAAUUAAAUCUGUUGGGUCAACAGACGUCUGUGCUAUUUCAGGCAGUAGCUACAAAAUUGUUCACUGAAUGAACAUUAAAUUUGCUCCUCGGGGUAUUAAUACUUUCUUAAUACUUACAGUUCUUAAUCCCUACAAAAUCUGUAAACAUAUUUUUCUUUUUUUCUGCAGAACAGUAAUUCAAUCAGUAAUUCAACCCAGAUUUUCCAAAGUGGAUGAGAAAGUAAAUAAAGAUCUGAUUUCUAGAAGUACUGAGGAAUUUCAUUAGAGUUCAAUUGGAAGUGAAGUUAAAGGGAACUUCUCAGUGCUUAGCAUGUAAGAAGACACUAAAAUUUUGAUUUAAAUUAUUUUAGGCAUCCUUUUUGCUGACAUCAGUUAAGAAAAAUGCUGUCAGAGGGAUUGAUCUGUCACAAGAAGAAUCACUUUUGUAGACCAGUGCUCUACUACAAAGAGAGCAAUAACUUGUUAGUUUGGUAGAAAGGAUUAAAAAAAACCCAACAACACAAGUCACUUAAAAAUUAUGUCUAGAGGUAAACGUCUAAAGCCACUUAAACACCUUCUUCCUUCUAUUCUCAUUGAAUCUAGUAGUGGAGUUUUAAGAUAUUUUCAGGAAAAGAAACAUCUUCCGCAGGGUGUGCAUCCUUGUGGUUCUGCAGCAUCAUUGAUCCUGUUGUUGUUUAAAGCUGAAGCAAUAUUGAUACUGUUCAAUAUCAAACAUUUCGCCAGACCGAUCACACUCAUUUAAGAAGGAUUGGAAAGCCACAGCAUUGACUGACACUGUACUUCUGUCAGAUACUUAAAUAGGAAAUGAGUCUGCUAGGAAAAAAUAAUACAAAUAAGUACUUCCUGUAGGGCCUUGGAUAUGCAGGGAACUAGGCAACUGAUAGAGCAUUUGGUAUGAUGUGAGGAGCUGAUUAUACAGAACAGUCCAUUCUUAGAGGUGUUUGGCACUUUCAGGCUUGUAAUGUCCCCUCUUUCAGUGAGUAAUGGCUGUGGAUAAGAGGGCAGAAACUGCUACGUUCCUUUUCAACAAUGAAUACUUCAUUAAAGAAAUCCAGCAGCAUUAAAUGAAAAGGAAUCACACACAGUAUAAAUGAAGUGAGAAAGGAAUGUUUUCUAACAACACCAGAAUGCUUUAUCAAGGGUAUCACAAGUGAAGAAUCACAAGUGAGAUAAAAUAUGACCAUAUUCUAUAGACGUUAUUUUUAGUUUGGUACAGGCAGUACAAAUUACUUCAUUCAAAUAGUCUCACUGUACUUGCAAACCAUCUGUGUUCAAAUAACUAAAACGUUUGAGAACACUACCACCUUCUGGCCAAUGUGAGAAACGUGCAUCUCCAGAUGAUUUCCACCAAAGGAGUGUAAGUUAGCAAGAUACCAGCAUUAGUUUACUUAUCUGUGCUUAUGUCAUCUACUUCUCUUUCAGUAUCAUCUCACCCUCAGGUUUGAAUGUUUUUCACAUGUUUCUAAUCCUAUGACUUCUCAUUCAGGUGUGUGACUGACUUCUUUUAAUGCUCAGUGUCAAAAGAAUACCUUCAUAAAAAUUUUAUUUUCUGUAAAGCAGUGCUAUUUAGUGAUCAGCACUACAGCUCCUAAGUCUGUGUAAUAAGCUAGUGAUGCUUGUGCACCUACUGCAAAUUUUAGUUUUCUAAAACACUUGGAAACAACAUACAAAAAGCUGGGAAUAAAUUGUAUAAUUUCUUAUUAUACAGUCAAGAAAAAAACCUGAUUGAUUGGUACAUAACAUGGUACAUUUUGUACAUUCAGCAACAGCUAAUAACCUUAAAUAGCUUUAUCUGUCCACUGACAGUUGUGAUUUAAAACAAGUGAAAAUACAAGGAAAAUGCAGUAGUGACUGUUUGGUACUUUUAUCUAUUAAUA